AUGCGUCGUUUCAUGCGCGACGCCUCGCGCUUAGAGCGCGACGCCAAGGCUGAGCACGAUUUUUAUCAUUCAUUAAUCAGUCAGUUGCAGACGGAAUUGGAAGACGCGAAACACUCGAGCGAAUUACUGCGCGCCGAGCUCGAUCGCGCGCGCGAGGGACGGUCGCGAGACGUCGCAUCUUCGUCCGCGACGACGCCGAGCGGCGACGCGACGAACGCGAGGGAGACGACGACGGUGGGGGUGGAAAGGGAGACGCGAGGGGAGGACGAGGCGACGCGAGACGCGAAAGCGGAGGAGACGGAGCGGGAAUUGAUCGCGUUGCGCGCGAAAGUCGCAGCGUUGAGCGCGCAAAGCGAAAAAAGUGAGAGUGAUGCGAAUGAUGACGCGGAACGCGCGCGGAUGGUGGAGGAGUUGGAUGAGAUGCGAGAACACAUGCGAACGGCGACGGCGAGCGCGCAUCGAGCGAACGCCGAGGUGAACGCGGUGGCGCAUCAAAAUCGGACGUUGAUGGAAAAAGAACGACGACGCGCGAACGCGGCAGAGGCGAGAAUAAAAGAACUCAUGGAUCUCAUGGAACAGCAGGUAAAUGGUGAGGACGCGGCGAUGCGUAAGCGCGCGGAGGCGUUAGAGGAAGCGUUGACAACGUCGACGAGCGAAGUCGAGACGCUUCGCUCGGAGAACGAGGAACUAGAGGUGCGGUUGCGAGCCGUGAUCGAGCGCUUGGAUGCGAUUGAGUCAUCCGUGGAUGUGAGUGAGUCAUCCGCGCUCGCGGUGGUGGUGGAGGAGAAGGAACGCGCGAUGAUGGGUCGGGCGUACGCCGACGAAGCGGCGACUUCGCUUCGACGCUCGGCGCUCGAGGCGCGAGCGGCGGCGAACGCGUUUCGCGCUCGCCUGUACCCCGACGGUGAUCCUGAAAGUGACGAUGCGCGAAUGUUGGUGAUCGUACACGCCGUGCUCGAGGGACAUCCGUUUGACGACGCGAGUCGCGACGUCACAAACGCCGUUCGAGCACGUCUGCGAUCGCACGGGGAAGAACGACUGGUGAUUCUCGUGAGCGAAAAUCUGUGCGAUUUGAUUCCAGACGACGCCGUGAACGCGCCGAUGAGCUUAGGCGCCAAAAUCUCUCUGCGAGACGUCGAAAAUACGACGAACCGACGACCCGCGACGUUGCGCAUAACGUAUGCGUUCGACGUGCGCGAUUCGCAAACAGGCGAUGUCGUCAAGGGCGACGAGCGAAUGAUCACCAUUCCCGUCGGCGCCGCCGGGACUCCGCACGCGUUCGCCAUGCAAAGCGUAUGGCUCGAAGCCGCGUGCACCGGCAUAGAAGACGCUCUCAAAGCGUCUUAUUCGCGAUUGAGAGACGCCGAAAGCACGGCGAGCGCUGCCAAAGUACGCGCCAUCGCGUUGCAAGGCGAAGCCGCGCGAAUGCGUCACCAUGGAGGCAGUUCGGCUCGAGCACAAGCUCUCGAGCGACGAGAACUCGAGAUUGAAAGGCGCGAGGCCCAACUCAACGCCGAGGUCGUGGAAAUCGAAGGCAUGGUUGCGCGCGCGCGGGAAGAAGCCGAAGCCAUGCGCCGCGAGGCGAACCGCAUCGUCGCCGACGCCUCGGCGAGUCUCCGCGUCAAGGAUGACGAAAUCGAACGCCUGCGCGCGCUACAAUCGUCCGUCACUCGCGCGCAAAACCGGUCGAAAUCUUGGCGUCGAGAGACCGCCGCCGCGCGUUUAACCGCCGCCGCCGACGACGACGCUUCCAACGCUCGAAGACUCGCCGCCGCCGGCAACCAUCGCGCCGCGGCGUCCUCUUUAGAAAACGCCGAGCGUCGUCUCGCGAGAAUCACCGCCGCGUGCGUCGCCAAAUCUACCGCUCGAGCGUUGGCGCCCGUAGACAACCCGACGCAGCCGCACGCCGGCGCCACCGUCGCGCACGGUGAUCCCGCUCGAACGACCGUCGUCGUCUUACCGAGCGCGUACGCGCCGCAGACGCCGCAGCCGUCGGUGCCGAGUCAACAGAUACCGACGGGUUUGCCGGUCGGUCAGGCGCGGCCGGCGUACUUGGGAGCGACGCGAGGGCACGAGCGACAAAUCGUGAGCUGCGAGCGAUGCGGACACAGCGGUCCCGCGGACGUGGUCAAGGUCAGAGGGGCGGCGAGCUGCUUCGCGGCCAUCGUGACGUUUGGGAUAUCCGCGUGCCUUUGCGGAGACGCGUUCUCGGAUACGUAUCACCACUGCGCGAAUUGCUCGGCGGUGUUAGCGUUCGCGAAAUUAGCGUAG